AUGGUGGUUGAUCGCCGAUUCGUGAGAACGGAGAAGGGAUAUUUUGGGUUUUGGCCUGCGGAGUGUAGGGAAGCCGAUAUCGUGGCCGUUGUGAGCGGCGGGUCGAUGCCGUACGUUUUGCGACCGACCAAUGGAGGGUACAUGUUAGUUGGCGAUCCAUAUGUUCAUGGUAUCAUGGAUGGGGAAGCCUUUAAAGGGGCUGCACGGGGGAGCAAAGAGCUAAGGAUAUUUGUAUUGGUUUGA